UAAAAAGCAGAUAAUCCACUUACCUUAUCCACAAAAAUGAGUCGUGGCUGAACCACCCUCACAUAUUUUUGAAAUUACUAUUAGACACUCAAUGUAAUCGAAUUAUCAUCAGCCUUUCCCAUACUCAUCAUCUCCAUCUUCAACCAAUUGCAUCUUACAGAAAAUUCAUCCCUCAUGGCUUCCUCCACUCUUUCAUCUGCCACCCCGUCUCAGCUAUGUUCGAGCAAGAAUGGAAUGUUCGCACCAUCUUUAGCUUUGGCGAAAGCGGGUAGAGUGAAUGUGUUGAUUAGUAAGGAAAGAAUACGAGGGAUGAAGCUGACAUGCCAAGCUACUAGCAUUCCAGCUGAUAAUGUGCCUGACAUGCAAAAAAGAGAGACAUUGAAUUUGUUGUUGUUGGGUGCUCUUUCUCUUCCUACUGGUUAUAUGUUGCUUCCUUAUGCAUCCUUCUUUGUUCCUCCUGGUGGAGGAGCUGGCACUGGUGGAACCAUCGCCAAGGAUGCUCUAGGAAAUGAUGUAAUUGCUGCUGAAUGGCUCAAGACCCAUGCACCAGGAGACCGGACCCUUACCCAAGGAUUAAAGGGAGAUCCAACAUACUUGGUUGUGGAGAGCGACAAAACUCUUGCCACAUUUGGAAUAAAUGCUGUCUGCACACAUCUUGGAUGUGUGGUGCCAUUUAAUGCUGCUGAGAACAAAUUCAUUUGUCCAUGCCAUGGAUCCCAAUACAAUAACCAAGGCAGAGUUGUUCGAGGCCCUGCACCUUUGUCAUUGGCAUUGGCCCACUGCGAUGUUGAUGAUGGAAAGGUGGUGUUUGUUCCAUGGACUGAAACAGAUUUUAGAACUGGUGAAGCACCAUGGUGGUCUGCAUAAAACUAGACCGCACCAUAUCAGAAGCUGUUUUCAAAUUCAUUUGUGGAAGUGGAUUACUUUAUUCUGCAUCACCAAAGAUACAUACAGUACAAGUACAGUAGAGUUAGUAUUGUAAACUGUGUGAUGUUUGAAUCUCUAAGGACACCAAUAUUCAAGUUAAUCAUGGCAGAUACAUUUCCUUGCUGCUGAAAUACAUGUUUGUCUAUAUCUUAUA